UAGGCAGCAGCUGCAGGAACAUGUUCAUUAGUUAAAUGCUGACAGCUUUGCUAUUUUUCUUUUCAGGUUCAAACUGUGAGUUUAGGCCUUGUGAGGCAAGCAAUCCCUGUGAGAACGGAGCUGUGUGCACGGAAGAAAUGAAUUUGGAUGUUUUUCCCCUUGGAUUCCAGUGCCAGUGUCUGAAGGGCUUUGCAGGUCCACGCUGUGAGGUCAAUGUCAAUGAAUGCAGUUCUAACCCUUGCCUCCACGGAUACUGUUAUGACAUUGUCAAUGGCUUCUAUUGCUUGUGCAACCCAGGAUAUGUGGGAUUAACGUGUGAGCAGGACAUUGAUGACUGCAUAAACAACGCUUGUGAACACAAUUCUACUUGUGUUGACCUGCAUUUGCACUUACACAUUUCUCAUCUUCUUUGUCACAGACCAAUGUCUUUGUAGUAAAUGGACUGUGAUGCAGCAAAUCAGUGAGAUGCAUGCAGACUUUCAGAGAAGUCUGACAUUAAAAAAAAGUAAAAAUGUUCAAUGUGGAUUCAGUGACUCUCUAGAGGAAAUAAAUAGAAACUUAAUGUCAAGGUGUAAUUUUAUAC